GAUGCAGGCGAGAACGUGCGCAGCUGUAAAACGUGAGUCGCUGCGCUCCGCAGCUGAUGCGGCUUGUCGUGAUCUGUGGUCUGUGUUUUGUUUGGAAAAAUGCGACAGAGACGCGACGAAUUUCGACAGUGUCGUUGCUACCAAUUGCUACUGUAUCAAGCGGCUGGAUACAAACGAAGAUCAAAGAAUAUAUCGUGAGCGAUAGCGACACUUAAAACAAAAAAAGACGAUCGAAAUGACAUCCAGGAUACGCGAAGACAGUCUUGAAAGUGAAACGGGACGGAUUCUUUAACAAUUGAAAAAAAUUUGUUUUUUUCUUCUUCUUGAUUGUAUUCGAUUGUUAGCACGACGUAAAAAUUUGUGUCCUGUAUAUCGUCCAAAGUAUUCCAAUUUGUCCUAACGACCGUUACCGUGCCGAGGACAAUAAGUAUUAAGGAAGAAAGAUAGACAAAGAGUUCCCGUCGGCAUAUGCUUUGUGUUCAGUGGCAUUUUCUAUACGGCGAAAAUUGUGAGAAAAGUGCCGCGUUUAUGAAUAACAUUUCACGGGUUUCUGUAUUUCGGUUCGUUCGGUGUAACUGAUAACUGAUUUUAAAAACAAAGAAUGCGUCGAGCAAUUUCGUAUGGAAAUACCGUGAAUAUAAAAAAAGAAUUGUUCGUAGAAAGUUUCUUGCUUCCGUAGCGCUCGAGAAUUUAGUAUUUUGAUCGUUAUAUUAAUAUACUUCGCGUUCUUCUUCAGUUUAUAUUGAUGCUAAAAAAAAACAUUGUUUAGACGAAUGUUAUUCGAUGAACUUGUUAGCGUUAAUCAAUUCAUUCCGUGAUGAAAAUUCAUGCGAAAGAAGCCAGGUUCAUAUAUUCCAAAUUUAUACAGACACCCCGCUGAAACGUGUGCAAUGUAACGGAUGUAUAUAUUUCUCAAAACAACGACAGGGCUAACUCCAUUAUGGAGGCACUGCGUUUCGCUAUACAGACACGGCUAGGGGAGAGGAUAGUCAGCAUGAGCUCUAUGCUCGUGGAGACAGUUAGUAUAAACUAUGAAGAUUUUAACGAAAGUUUUUUAACAUGUGGUACUUGCCUUUGUGUUUAUGAUGGUGCAGAGCAUACACCUAAAUUAUUACCAUGUUCACACACUGUAUGUUUACAUUGCUUAACAAGAAUUGCUGCAUCUCAGACUCGUGAGACUGGUGCCUUUCGAUGUCCUAUUUGCAGAGAGUUAAUAACAAUUCCUGGUGGCGGAGUUCCUGCUUUGCCACCUAGUUUUCUCGUGAACCAACUGCUGGAUCUUAUGUCUAGACAGAGACGAGAGGUUAUUCCAAAAUGUUCAGUUCAUAUAAACCAGGAAUUAUUAUUUUGUGAAACAUGUGAUACAGUGUUUUGUACAGUCUGUACUGGUGGCAAUCAUGCAGGAACAUCUCCAGGAUGUACAGAGCAUACCAUUAUACCCUUUAGCAUUGCAAUAAAAAGAAUGUCUGAAAUUUUGCUCUAUAAAGCCAAUGAAUGUAUAUCCAAGUUAACACAGGCUCAAGAUUCUGUAAGUACAGAAUUACAACGUUUGGAUGCUUCUACAGAAAGGUGUUUGAAUGCUGUUGAUAUGGAAUUUGCGGAAAUUAUUGCAAAAUUCGAAAGGAAACGUACAGAAUUACAAGCAGCCGUCACCGCCGCGGCAAGAGAUAAAAAACAUGUGUUGGAAGAACAACACGCGCUCAUAGAAGCUGAGAAGAAUAAAGUACAACAAGAAUGCGAAGGUUUACAAUAUCAAGUUGAAGUACGAAAUAUUACACAGAGGAUCGGUAGUUUAUCUGACCAACUUGAUGCAGCAUCAGCACUUAGCGAACCUAAAGAAAAUGCCUUUAUUACUUUUGAAUUUAACCACAAUAAUGCUCUUUCUCAAUUAGAGGAAGGUCUAAAUAACUUGGGAAGAGUACGUUCUAGUACAACAUUGCCAGGUCUGUGUAGAGCAAGGCUGAAAGAUCCUGCUAUAGUUAAGUUACAAGCGGCUGUAAUAGUAGAAACUGUUGAUUAUCAUGGACAUCCUAGAAAUGUUGGAGGAGAUCUUAUCACUGCAGAAUUAACGUUAGCGGAUAGUAUCCAUUCUGAAAACCAGAGUUCCAAUAUUGACACGAAAAUCGUAGAUUUAGAGAAUGGUACAUACGAAGUACUAUUUCGACCUCCAUCUGCGAAUCGCUAUGUCUUAAAAUUAUCAGUUUUCGAUCGACCUAUUAAAGACUAUCCUUUGUUUUUCGACGCAACCGAACAUAACGAACCCAUUAAAAUCUAUGGAAGACAAGGAAACGGAAAAGAUGAAUUCCAUCAGCCAGUCGCAGUUGCUGUUGAUGACGAUGACAUGAUAUACAUUUUGGAUACUGGGAACUCACGUAUAAAGGUACUCAAUUGUGAUUUAGAAUUUCAAAGGCACAUAACUAACGAAGGUCUUGAAGGUUGCAGUUGUACAGGAAUUGGUAUUUCUCAACAAGGCCUUGUUGUUGUUAAUUGGAGAACGCGGGAAGUUACAGAGAUGAGCUCUUUAGGUGACACGAUCAAAUCUUUUUCUCAUAAUGCAUUUCAAGAGCCGAUCGACGUUGCAGUAGACAGAAAUUAUGGACAUAUACUUGUUGCUGACAAUCGUCAAAGUUGUGUUUUCGUGUUCGAUUCUGAUGGAAAAAUUCUGUUCCAGGUUGGAAAGAAAAGUACGUUCAAUUUAAUUAGAGCCGUUACCGUUGGACCCAAUGGCGAAAUUGUAGUUGCUGAUAGCUGUAUUCAAGUAUUUUCUGCAAAAGGAGACUUUUCUGAAGAAAUAUAUUCAGAAGGCAAAGGAAAAGGCGCUUACGGAGGUUUAGCUGUUGACGCAGAAGGUAGAAUACUUGGUACUCGUACUGAUAAAGGGCGCAGUAUAAUCCAAGUAUUAAAAUUAGGAGGAGGUAAUAUUUUAACUGAAAUUGAUUCGCAUAGUUCGAAACUACGACGUCCUUCAGGUAUUGCAGUACUACCUCACAAUCACUUAGUAGUUGUAGACUUGGGAAAUGAUUGUAUAAAAAAAUAUAGAUAUUGGUAAAAGCAGUUGAUUUUAAAACAUAAAGUUUAUGUUCAACAGAAACAAUUCAA